AUGGUAUCACCAUCCAGGUCCACAAUUACAGAGGAUGAUCAAUGUCACAGCCCCAAAUGCAGCAGCCUCUCCGACAGAGCCUCAGGAAAAGUGACGACCCGCCGACCACUGAUACUUGACCCAGACAGCUGCCCCAGCGAAGGCCGCCUAUUCAUCAUCCGCGAUCCACGCACAGGCCUCGUCAUCGGCCUAAAAGAAGGCGUCCUCACUCUGGUUCCAGAGGCUUACGGCUAUCUUCGCGGUAUCUACUGGGUAUGCGUCGAGUCCGAAGACAUGUGGCUUGGAUUCCGCAAUGCUGUCUCAGGCACGUAUAUCGGCCAUGAUAACAUGGACAACUUCAUUGCGGAUAGAAAGCGACAUAAGAGUCGUGAGUCGUUUUGUGUCAGGCAUCAUCCGAAUGGGGGGGGGGGGGGGGGGGGGGGCAUGUUCUGCUUGUAA